UUAACAUAAGGUAAGGUCGGUAAGCAAUAGCAUAAAGGGAAAUAGAUGAAAUUACAAAAAUCAAGUGACUGAUUUGCAAAAAAGGGAGAAAAGACAAAAGAGUUUGAAGUGGAAGAAGAAGCACAAACACUUCCAUAGUGAGUGAUAGAGAUUGAGUUCUCCUCCUUCCUCGACCAGAAGGAAGAAGAAGAAGAUUCUAGAGAGAGAGAGAGAGAGAGAGAGAAUCGAUGUCAGACCUAGACAGGCAAAUAGAGCAGCUGAAGAAAUGCGAACCUCUCAAAGAGUCUGAAGUGAAGGCUCUCUGCCUCAAAGCCAUGGAAAUCCUCGUCGAAGAGAGCAACGUUCAACGCGUCGACGCCCCCGUCACCAUAUGCGGUGACAUCCAUGGUCAGUUUUAUGACAUGAAGGAGCUUUUCAAAGUAGGAGGUGAUUGCCCCAAAACAAACUACCUGUUCCUUGGGGAUUUUGUCGAUAGAGGAUUUUACUCAGUUGAAACAUUUCUGCUUCUGCUGGCUCCUAAGGUGAGGUAUCCAGAUCGGAUAACACUCAUUAGGGGGAACCAUGAGAGCCGUCAGAUCACACAGGUGUAUGGAUUUUAUGAUGAAUGCCUUCGAAAAUAUGGUUCAGUCAAUGUUUGGAGAUAUUGUACUGAUAUAUUCGACUACUUAAGCUUGUCCGCCCUGAUCGAAAACAGGAUUUUCAGUGUCCAUGGUGGUCUUUCUCCUCCCAUUUCAACAUUGGAUCAGAUACGGACUAUUGAUCGGAAGCAAGAAGUACCCCAUGAUGGUGCCAUGUGUGACCUCCUAUGGUCUGACCCAGAAGAUAUCGUGGAUGGAUGGAGUCUAAGUCCUCGUGGUGCUGGGUUCUUAUUUGGUGGUAGUGUUGUUACUUCUUUUAACCACUCCAAUAACAUUGACUAUAUAUGCCGUGCUCAUCAGUUGGUAAUGGAAGGAUAUAAAUGGAUGUUUAAUAACCAGAUAGUUACUGUCUGGUCAGCUCCAAAUUAUUGCUACAGAUGUGGUAAUGUAGCUGCAAUUCUGGAGUUGGAUGGAAAUCUUAAUAAGCAGUUCCGGGUGUUUGAUGCUGCUCCACAGGAAUCAAGAGGGGCACCUGCCAAGAAGCCAGCACCGGAUUACUUCCUAUGAUGAUGUUUUCCUUUUACGAAAUGUUCUAAAGUUGCUCAAAUUGAUGAAUGGUAAAGGGAGAUGUACAUCAUGAAGGUUUUUUUUUUUUUCAUCAGGGGAGAAACCAGUGGAGGACAAUGAUAAUUUCAGGAGGCAGGAGUGUUAAAGCGUCAUGAAUUAGUCUGUAAUUUUGCAAUAUAUGGUUCUACCUUUGUUCAUUCAGAAGCUGUGAUGGACAAAGGAAUAAACCGACAAUGACAUUUGGUUUAUAUCAAAACUUAAUUAAGAUGGGUUCGGAUCGGAUUAGGAAACACUUGGAGAGAACUUCUCAUAUAAUUUGUGGAAAAAACCACCGAGUUUUGGUUGUUCCUUUGAGCUAUAAAAAAGUGUGUCCUUCAAUUUUUGUGGAGUAUGUGUGUAUAUAUAUUAAUGCCAAAAGAAUAUACACUUUGUUGGUGCUUGAA